AUGACUAUCACAGCAGAGAACAACUUAGAGUACCCCCAGGGUCAACUCUUCGUGCACGCCAUCGAGGAGAAAGCGCAAUGGAUACCGAACAACAUGUACAUGCGUUACGCGCCGGACGACUGGUUGCACAGGGGUUACAAAACGAUUACAUGGAAGCAAUAUGCAAGCGCUAUCGAUAAGAUGGCUUUCUGGUUUGACGAGCGGCUUGGUAAAGCGGUGGAUCGCGAGACGGUUGCUUAUUUCGGGCCCAACGAUCCACGGAUGGUGCCUUUGGACGCAGGCUCGGACGAUCUCCACGAGCUCAUACUGGAGCAGGUUGGAGAUGGGCGUACCAAUCCUUUCCAGACAUCCUUCUGGAACCCGGGACAUCGUUUCCUGGGGCGGAUCGAAACGAAGGAGCUCUACAGGCCUGUCAAGGACUCUGAUGGCCGCACGCGAUGGGCGUUUUCUGCGCGCAAAGACGACUUGACGAAGCUGAGUUGGCUGGCCAAGUUUCAUGCGCAGGAUAUUGAAAGGCGUAUUUUGCAACAUCCAGACGUGCAAAAUGUGCUGGUAGGUGGCGAAGCCCGGCCUGCGCCGUAUGUUAUUGCUCAAGCAAAGGAAGGUGUGCUGGACGGAAAGAGCGAGGCGCAGCUGCUCGAGGAGCUUUACAAUGGGGUGGUUGCUGCCACCAAUAAGACCGACAUGGAUGAGAUCAGGAUUCCUAGGGAGACCGUCAUGAUCGCGAAGAAGGAGAAACCGCUCAAAGUCAGCUUGAAGCAGCUGGUGCAGCGGAAAGCUGUUGAGCAGGACUAUUCUGAGGAGAUUGAGCAGGCAUAUGUGCAGCUAGAGAACAGCAGGAAGCCUUAG